GGCUGGGCGGCCGGGAAGGAGGUUUUCGGACGCCCCGCCCCGGCGCUGCGGGUUGCCGGCGGCGUGGACGGUUGGGUGUUCCCUCAGCCCUCAGCCCGGCCGCUUCUGAAUUUCUGAAGCCCGCUUUCCUCACACCCACUCUGGCCUGGGCAGGUCGCCUGUCCUCUCUGGGCCUCAGUUUCCCCACCCGCGCAGGGGGACGGUGGUCGAGCCCGUGUGUGGCCGUGAAGGUGCGGUGAGGGAACGUGGCCGCUGCGGCCGGCGCCGCGGCUGCUCAGUGGAGCGGCGCCGCGGCGUCUUCCUGAGACUCCUUCCUGCUUCCUCUCUCCUCCCCUCCUUCCCCUUCCCACACCCUCCCGGAGCCGCUCGGUGUCCCGGCCCCGGUUCCCCGUCCGACCCCUAGUUCCGGCAGCAGUGUGGAGAUGCAGAGAGGAAACGCAAAGCAGUUUUGCACAUUUCCCUCCGCCGAUUGUAUCUUGAGAUUAAAAGAUGAUGACAGUGGGGACCAUGAUCAGAAUGAAGAAAACAGCACACAGAAAGAUGGUGAGAAGGAAAAAAUGGAACGAGACAAAGGCCAGAGCAGCAACAAGAGGAAGGCUGUUGUCCCUGGACCGGCAGAGCAUCCCCUGCAGUACAACUACACUUUCUGGUACUCCAGGAGAACCCCCGGCCGACCCACCAGCUCACAGAGCUAUGAGCAGAAUAUCAAACAGAUUGGCACCUUUGCUUCCGUGGAGCAGUUCUGGAGGUUUUACAGCCACAUGGUACGUCCUGGGGACCUGACAGGCCACAGUGACUUCCAUCUCUUCAAAGAAGGAAUUAAACCCAUGUGGGAGGAUGAUGCCAAUAAAAAUGGUGGCAAGUGGAUUAUUCGGCUGCGGAAGGGCUUGGCAUCCCGUUGCUGGGAGAAUCUCAUCCUGGCCAUGUUGGGGGAACAGUUCAUGGUUGGGGAGGAGAUCUGUGGGGCUGUGGUCUCUGUCCGUUUUCAGGAGGACAUUAUUUCAAUAUGGAAUAAGACUGCCAGCGACCAGGCAACCACAGCCCGAAUCCGGGACACGCUUCGGCGAGUGCUUAACCUACCUCCCAACACCAUUAUGGAGUACAAAACCCACACCGACAGCAUCAAGGCCUGGGAGGAGUUUCAUGGCCUGGUGAACAGCAGCGGCCGCUGAUCGGACGCUCCCCUCUGUCUCUCACACUCAGGGGACAAUUCAAGCUUUCGAAAUACAAAAAUCACAUUGUGAAAGUACACAAGCUGGCAAUAAUCCCUUUCUGUAUGUGUGUGUGUGUCCGAAAUUAUGGGAGGUCUUCAGCUGGUCCUUCCAUCUGCUCACUGAAGGGACGUCCCUUUUGCACUCAUUCCUGGAGGAUGGAUCCCGCUAGACACCCUCCAGCAUCGCUGACUUUAUAAGGUGGAAAGAUGGCAAACGUGACUUUGUAAUAGACACACUUUUUUUAAAUGGGUUUCUGUGGGGGGAAGUCUAGCCUUUCGUUCUGCUGUGUGCUGUCCAGAUGCCUCUUGGGCCUCUGUUGUGCUCCUCUCUGCUGUACGAAGGGCGUCGCGACCACAUGUACCAGCCAGAGCUGUUCACUGAGACUUGUCAGUAUUACGAAUGUCUGUGCAUCCAGGAAACACUUUUUGUUGGAGGUCCCGGGACAGCUGUAAAUGUUUGAAGGGUUCUUUGCCAUUAAAUUAUUGGGACAUUUUGUUUAUUUCACUCCCCUCUUCCCCCAAGCCCACCACCUGAAAAUGUGUUACUGAUUUUGCAUUGUCUCCUGCCUAUGCCCUCCAGUCGUCCCUUGUGUGGGGCUCUUCCCUUCUUAGGCACUGCUGCACUUAGAACUGUAAUCCAGACGGCCACUGCUUCCCCGAGGCGGCUCAGAACGUGUGACUCUAAAUUAAACUGGCAUGGCAUCCGGUUUGUUAGGGCAGGAUUCCAGCAGAGGUUCCGAGUAUGGGAUUUGGAGAUGAGGGCAGUGUCUGAAACUGUGUGUCCAGCCUGUUUCUGCGGGUUCUUGCACACCCCUCUUUGAGGAAGGGAAGCAAGAGCUGGUCAUUGCCAGGUAUUAACAGUAUGGUAAGUCCUGUGAUCCUGAAACUGGAACAUCUGAAGAGAAGGUGACCAUGAUGGGUGGCUUUCUCUGCAUGGCUGUGCCUGUCUGCAGUGGUUGUAGCCCUGCUUUCAGUCCUUGUCACCUCGUAUAUGUGUUAGGCUACUGCAGGCACGCUUUAAAAAUGAUCAAGCGUGCAUCAGAGAGCUGGUGGUCUUAACUCAGAAGGACUGUGGUCAGAGAGGUUGCAGAGCACCUAGGAUUGAAAUGAGUACUGAGUGCCAGCCCUCCAGCAACCUCCAAGGAGCUCUGUCUUACUAGGCUUUUGUGAGCAGAGAUCGAAGUACCUUAAAUUAAGGUCUCUCCUAAAACCUAUCCUGCGAGCCAGGGCGCCUUAGCCACGGGUCUCAGAGAAGUUGUUUGAGAGUAACAGGCAUUUCCUUAUCGUAUUUCUAUUACUCUCAUCCUGCUUUCCAACUCCUGAACACCCUCUAACCACCACUGUCCUGGGAUGCUUUUCCUAAAAGAGCAGAGUACAGGGGCCAAGGGAGGUGCUUCUGUUAUAGGUGAAGUUUAGAUCAGAUAGGAAGAUCUAGCGGUGAUUUAAACUCCAGGAAUAUGAAGAAUAGGUUCUAGUGCCCAGACAGUUGUGAAGGGCUCAGGCAAACAAACAUAGGAGCGACAUUGGCGAAAACGGGGAGUGAAGGCUGCCUCCUGAGAUCUGUGCAGACCCGGGGACGUCUUCACUUCUGCCUAAACUCAAGAGUUGCCAUGGAAAUUCCAAAGACAGCAGACUUGGAUUUGCCCUUCUUUGGGCAUCUGCCUGACUACAGUGGGCGCGUGUGUGCACAACGUGUUCACGAGUGAGGAUUUUGUCUUGCCCAGUGCUGAGGUGUAGUGUCCAUAUUCAUGUUGCUUUUUGGGGGGAUCUCAUUUGUUCAGAUUUUUUACUCUCAUGUUUUCCAGAGCUGCUCAUGUCUCCCCUUCCUCUUUGUUACUGCAGUAUUUGAAAGUUACUUUUCUCCGUUGAAAAUAGGCCAAACCUACACUGGGUAGAACCAGAGAAUUUAUUUCUGUUGGGCAGCAUCUUACCCUCAGUGCUCCAGGUACUCUACCUAACAGCUUUGAGUGGGAGCUUGAAGAGUCAGUUUAUCCACACCACCCACUCUCCAGCCUGGCUUGAGAGGUCUUUUCACUUCUGACUCCAUCGGCCUCUGCUGUGCUUAGAUGUGACAUGGUGGUUAUGGUAUCACCUGUUCUAGAACCACGGGGAAGGGUGCACCUGACAAAUGUGGCCGUUGCUGCUGGAAGAAGGGGAGUCUCUUUCCACUUUGCACAGGAGGCUGUUUCCCGUGACCCCUCUGCUGAGUUUGCCGUUCAAAACUGGCCCCUACUCCUCUCCAGUGCUCUUCUCACUUUGUCCUUCAAUUCCUGUGUGUAUUUGUGUUUUCCCUGUGACAUUGGCAGUGGCAAUAAUUUUCCACCCAGAGAGAAGCUUGUGGUCCACGAUGCUCCAAGAAUGAAUUUCCAGGUAUCUGCCAGUGGAGGAGCGGAGGCCGUAGUGGGAGGGGUCUAGCAUUGCACUUUCAGAGCAAUUGUCUACUGCAGUAAUAAAUGGAAAGUAUUGGCAAGAA